GAACCCGGCGGGCGAAGGUAGCUGUCUCAGCUGAUUGGCGGAGCAGACGACGGCCCCGGCUCCUGUAGCCAAGAUUUAUUUAUAACUCGUAGCUAAUUCCUGCAGGAGAGGGUGGGUGUUUGCGAGUGAGGACGGUGCCGUCGCGAGGAAGCCUCUCUUUUCCUCCCCUCUUGGUUUUUUCCAUCCAUUUGACCUCUCGGUGGAAGUUACUAUUGGACUAGUCAAAAUGGAGCUUCAGUUGGUGGAUCAAUUACGGGAAAAGCUGGAAAAAGCUCAGCUUUCUCGGGAUCAGCUUCAGAAAGUUUUCCCGCCGAGCCUUUUCAAGAGGCAUAGGCACGAGGCUCCACCGUAUGUCCCAUAUUCCUUCCAAAAACAAAAGUUGGAAGCCCAAGCAAGAUUAGACCAACCUGGUGUUCCAAGCAAGCCAAAGAUACCCCCUGGUCAGGUGCAAAAAUAUUUGAAGGAAUUUGCAGCAGCAAAAGAAGCGGGACGAUUUGCGCACCUACCAAAGGAGCAGCUUGACAGGCUUGAAGAAGAGGUCAAGGCAGCAGCAACAGACACUGCCAAGUCCAAAGACUUGGAAGAGUUCCUGAGGGCUGUCCGUGAGGAUCAAGCUAUACCGAAAGAGGUCGGGCAGUCUCUGGGAAGCACUACAUACUUGGAAACUGAAGAGGAGACAGGCGGCGUAGAAGCUGAAGCACAUCCUGUUCCUGCAGAGGCAAAGUUCUUCUCACAGACGACACCAGAAAUCCACGAAUCUUUGCCUGAAGAGGAGGUUAUCCCGCCCCCACCCCAGUUUCCUGAAGACCCUUGGCAAGCCUUUAUAGACUACAUGGCGGCCACCGGACAAGAUGCUCAAAUCACCUUGGGCCAGGAGGGCCACGUUAUUCAGCGUGGCAUGCACAAGGGCAAGGGGAUUGCUGUCUUCACUAGUGGAGGCGACUCCCAGGGCAUGAAUGCUGCUGUCCGUGCAGUUGUGCGGAUGGGAAUGUACGUAGGGGCUCGUGUGUUUCUAAUCAAGGAAGGUUAUCAAGGAAUGAUUGAUGGCGGUGAAAAUAUUGUCGAAGCAAACUGGUCAUCUGUGUCUGGAAUCAUCCAUAAGGGUGGCACAGUCAUUGGUUCAGCUAGGUGCAAGGAGUUCCGUGAUCGUGAAGGACGUAUGAAGGCUGCCAAAAACCUUAUUAAAAAUGGCAUUACAAACCUAGUGGUGAUUGGAGGAGACGGUUCGCUUACUGGGGCAAAUCUCUUUAAGCAGGACUGGCCAGCAAUCCUUCAGCUUCUUGUCAAAAAGGGAGACAUCACAGAAGAGGAGAAAGAGGCUUAUUCUCACCUCAACAUUGUGGGUAUGGUUGGGUCUAUUGACAAUGACUUCUGUGGAACUGACAUGACCAUUGGCACCGACUCUGCCCUUCAUAGGAUCAUUGAAGCGGUGGAUGCCAUUGCUUCAACUGCAUAUUCACAUCAGAGAUGCUUCAUCCUAGAGGUCAUGGGUCGACACUGCGGGUAUCUGGCUCUCGUAGCCGCUCUGACCUCCGAGGCAGACUUUGUUUUCAUGCCCGAGUGUCCCCCUCCUGAGAACUGGCGGGAUAAGCUGUGUAAUAAGCUGCAGCAGGAAAGGUCUAUGGGGCAACGUCUGAAUAUUAUUAUAGUUGCUGAAGGAGCAAUUGAUCAGCAGAAUGAACCCAUCACUGCUGAGGGAGUUCGUAAGGUCAUUGUUGAGAAGCUUGGCUUUGACACUCGUGUAACCGUGCUGGGUCACGUUCAGCGUGGUGGUUCUCCCUCUGCCUUUGAUCGUCUUUUGGGUUGUCGUAUGGGUGCUGAGGCUGUGCUUGCUCUCAUGGAGGCUACUCCCGAGACGGAACCAUGUGUCAUCUCUCUCGAUGGCAACCAGGCAGUGCGGGUUCCUUUGAUGGGCUGUGUACUCAAGACUCAAGCUGUUGCUCGGGCUAUGAAGGAUCGCAACUGGGAUCAGGCUGUCCAGAUGAGAGGAAGGAGUUUUGCCCGUAACCUGGAAACCUACAGGAUGCUGACUAGGUUGAAGCCUCCUAAAGUGAUUGAUGCAGGAAAGGCACCAAUGGUCCGGCAAAACACAAUUUGGGACAGAGAUGCCCUCCUGGGUGGCUUCAAUCUAGGGGUGAUGCAUAUUGGUGCCCCCGCUUGUGGUAUGAAUGCUGCUGUGCGGUCAUUCGUGCGUAACUGCAUCUACCGUGGUGAUACUGUGUAUGGUAUCCAUGAUGGUAUCGAUGGUCUAGUGGAAGGCAAUAUACAGGAAAUGACCUGGGCAGAAGUGACAGGAUGGGUCGGACAAGGCGGAGCCUUUUUGGGCACAAAGCGCACUCUGCCAGAAAAGUAUUUUGAUCAGGUGGCUGCCCGUCUACGAGAAUAUAAGCUGCACUCUCUACUGGUUGUGGGUGGGUUUGAAGCUUACCAUGCACUUCUGCAAUUGUACGAAGCCCGUGGUAAAUACCCCGAGUUCUGCAUUCCCAUGGUGGUCAUCCCAUCUACUAUUAGCAAUAACGUACCAGGCAGUGACUUCAGUCUGGGAUGCGAUACUGCUCUUAACGAAAUUACUGAGAUCUGUGACAGAAUUAGGCAGUCUGCUCAGGGAACUAAGCGGCGUGUGUUUGUGGUUGAAACUAUGGGAGGAUAUUGUGGUUAUCUUGCAACACUGGCUGGUCUUGCUGGAGGUGCUGAUGCUGCAUACAUCUUUGAAGAACAAUUUGGCAUUCAGGAACUCCAGUUAGAUGUGUAUCAUAUGGCAGCUAAAAUGGCAGAAGGUGUCCAGCGUGGUCUCGUUUUACGAAAUGAAAACGCUAACGAAAAUUAUACCACAGAUUUUAUAUUUAGGCUAUAUUCAGAGGAAGGCAAAGGUAUCUUCAGUUGCAGGAAAAAUGUAUUGGGUCACAUGCAGCAAGGAGGAUCUCCCUCUGUAUUUGACCGCAACAUGGGCACAAAGAUGGCUGCAAAGGCUGUCACGUGGCUGACAGACCAGAUGCUCGCCCAUCGUAGGGAUGAUGGGGUCGUGUUUUGUGAUGAACCACAAACUGCUGUGCUACUUGGUCUACAAAAGAGAUCAUAUGUAUUCCAGCCUGUGAUAGAGUUGAAGCGCCAGACUGACUGGGACCGUCGUAUUCCUAUCAAUCAGUGGUGGCUAAAGCUCCGCCCCCUCCUCCGUAUCUUGGCCAAACACGAAGCUGCUUAUCAUGAAGAGGGUAUUAAUGUUAAGGAAGUGGAAGAAGCUUUGGACUAGGUAUAUAAACCCAAAUAAUGCAGGAGACAGCCCUAAGUUAGCUUUAUUUAGUCUGUUGACAUGUCCCCCUUUUACCCCCUCCUCCCCUUCUUCUCGGUAUAUUUUUUUUCAUGUUCAUGUAUAAACCAUUUAUGUAAUUCAUUUUUAGAAAAUUUUAAAUGAAAGAUGAACUGCAGCUAAGGAAUGUAGUAUAUGUACUUGUGGAUCUCAAUUGUUAAUAAGCACUUGAAGUAUGCAUCAUUUAGACUUGUAUUUUUAAUAUGUGCAGUGCUUGUAUGAGGGUUUUUUCACACUAUUUUUCUUUUUUUUUUCCCCACAUAAUUGGUUGUGAUUUGGAAUAUUUGAGUACAGUUAUCCAUGGCUGUGUUCCUUAAUAUAUCAAAUGUUAAACUCGCUUGGUAUGUUCCUAUGACGUGUGCCAGAUCAGCUGGAUUGUGAUGGCUUUUGGCCUGCAGGCCUCGAUUAGCAAUAGUUGGAUUAUUGGUUGGAUUAUUAGUGAAGCCAGGCUUCAGGCUGGCUUGAAAGACAGAAACACACUAAGCCAGCCUUAAAUAACUACAGGUAAUGUGCUCUUCAAUACCAGUAUUCUCAAUUUAUUUAUUGGCAUGUAAUUGCCUCGAUUAUUUUCGUUAUUUUUAAUUGACUUGAUGAGGUAAAUACCUCGCCUCCCUCACGAACAAUAACACCUUGCCUCCCUCACAACACUAAAUUCUCAAGUAGAAAGUCGGUAAGCGAAUAAAGUCAUAAUUCAUAAAUUCCCAAACUUAGUAAUACCCAUUACCUUUUAUAUUAAAGAAAUAAUGAUGAUAAACUAGAACAUGUUUAUUUGAAUUUAAUUUGAAUGGUUGAUGAUUAUUAUAAUUGUAAAUAUUUAUUAGUAGUACUCUUGUUAAUAUUAACACAAUUAUUAUUUCUGCAGUGCCUAUGUUAUUACCCCAUUUGUCACUUUCAUGGGAUGGGAAAGUAUUUUUCAAUUGUUCUCAAAUUUAAUUUAUAUAAUGUUUUGAAAGUGUACAACUCUGAUUUUAAAUGCACAAUAUUGAUGUUGGGACAACAUGCUGCUGCUUGCGAGGCAUGCUCAUUUCUGGUUUCUUGGGCCACAUACCCAUUGAGCAUAGAGGAACUCUCGUCCUUAGAUCAAAUAGUGUAGUGAGGGGAAGGUCUAAUCUGGUGGAUAAUUUACACAUAGGUGUGAAAAGAAGUUUAUUGAAGGUAGUGCUUGAUUACAUGUAAAAUAGCACAUUUUUAGGUUGUAUUCAACAUUAAUAUCUCAAAGUGGUCUUUGCAUGUUAUUUAAUUUUUUAUUGGAUAUAGUUUUCAUUAAGGAAGAAGUUGUACUACUGUAAUACAUUAACAGGAAAAAGCCUCUAGUCAAGAGCAUGUUAAAGAAGACAGGUUUAAAUUAUCAUAAAGGCAAGCCAUUUUCUGUGUUCAUUCGAUCAGUCUUUACAUGCUUGUCUACUAACCUUUUGCGUUAAUAUCCACUCUCCAUUUUUAUAUUAGUUCUGGUACGCAAGACUACCUUACAUUGUUAAUACUGUCAUGUUACUUUAUCAUUGUGAAAUGUGAUUUUAAUUGUUUCAAAUGAUGUAUAUUGAUAAAUAUGUGCCUGUGUAAACCACUUGUAAGUUGGUUCUCUUGCAAAUGUAUGCGUAGUACAUGCCAGGGAGACUGAGGAACUGCCAAUUAUCAUUAGUAGGAAAGCUUUGUGCCAUAGAAAACUCUUCAGGAGUAAUUAUUUUGUUUAUAUCAAUCCACUGGCCUACAUGUAAUGUUCAGAAAAUAGUGUAAUGUGAUGCACCAUGAUAGCGGCUCAUGUGCUAAAUUCUAUCUGUAUCCCAUCUCUCAUUAUAUCUUGGCCUGUCCUCAGUGUGUGUUGCCAUAUAAUAAUAUAAAAUAAAAGUUGUGAAUCAAA